AUGCAAAUUAGCUAUAAAGCAGCAGAGGGGUUUUUCCUUUUGGUUCCAAUUCUACUUUCGUACGCCUUCAAGGGCAAGCUGAACGAAAUUCUUACGCAGCACGUGCUGUACGUUCGGAUUGCCUUUGUGGUUUCGAUGUGCAUAGACCUUCUGAUUUCGUACAGAAUCAAGUGCCGAGUGGAGCUGCACAACGUGAAGACAAAAAUCAAGUUUGCCUUUGACGACUAUGUUGUUGUGUCCAAGCCUGCGCGCGAAAACAAGGACCCCAAGCAGCCAGCGGAGGAUGAGGAGGAAGAGACCGAAAUAGAGAUGACUGUGCACGACUACGACCUGAAGGUUAUCAACUCGCACAUGUCUCGAAUGCUGUACAAUGCAGCCAUCCAUUUGGCCAUCCAUUUGUACAGUAAGAGCACGCAGCCCAUGAUUAUGCUCAUAAUGAAUCCGGUGAAGAACUUCAUCUUCUUCCCCCCGUACAUUGAGUAUAUCACAGGGUGGUCAAUGCUCAGGCCAUUUUCAAGAAACUUUAUAAUUGGAGGGGCCGAGAAAAGGCGGACAACAAAGCCUGCAGAGUCCCUGGAAGAGAUCCCAGAAAAAGACAUGAAGGUUAAAAAAGAAGAAUAG